AUGACAGUCACAGUUUUUUGCUUUUCCAGACAAACUUUUGUUCUUUUAGUUUUAUACAAAGCAGAAAAGGGAUGGAGCACGAAAAGAGCUUAUAGCAUUCUAAUUCUUGUAUAUCCGAUAAUUAUGACUUCGUUAUUGGCGAUCGUAUCACUAUUAGACAAUUCCAUAAAACCAAAAAUUUUAAAUUGUGAUGUAACUUCUCCAGCAGCUAUCCGAAUAGUUGCAAUCAUUUUUGAUAUGACAUUAGGAUCCUUGGGAAUAUGGUACAGCGCUAGGGCAGCAUUUGCAAUUUAUUCUCACCUUUCAAGCUUUCGUGCUUUCAUCGGCAGAGCCAGCUUAAGUUUAGCUCCGAAAACUAAAGAAAAUUCCGGGUCUUCAACGAGUCUUACGAACUAUGAUACAUUUACGUCAAUUCCAUUAGAAGACAUACAAAAUUCCAGUGACAACAAUAUUGAAAUUAAACAUCCCAUCAGCGAAGCUUCAACUCCAACUUCUAAAUACAACCAUAUUAAAAUUAAUCGUUCCUUCAGCGGAACUUCAACACCAACUUCUAAUGACAACAAUAUCAUAAACAGCCGUUCCUUCAGCGGAACUUCAACACAAACACCAACACUACCUCAGUCCAUAUAUGACCCAAGUCGAAUGAGAAGUCGCAAAAAUUCAAAGAAUGUAACAGAACCAAGAGAAGAUAUUUUGUCUGAAGAUAUAAUAGUACAUGCACAAAUUAAUAGAAACCUAAAUCGCGAGACUACUAAUACUACCAUAACAAAUGCGGCAGCUGAGGAAAAUCGAAAAAGAUAUGUGGUUACUCGAGCCGCGGCUAUACGAAUGAUUUUAUUUUGUGUAAUAUUCGCUGUAGUUAAUUCUGUCAAUUCAUUUCAAACGAUUAUACUCGUCAUACAUAAUACCGAAUAUGAUAUGAAGCAGUUGAACAUGGUCGAUUGGGUAGCUUCGAUUCUGGGAAUUUUGGUGUUUUUGGUGUUUGUCUCGUCACGCGAUAUCCAAGCAGCAAGUUCGCGGAAAACGAAAAUUUCCACUAAAUCGAAACUAACCGAAUGCUUAAAAUGGUCUCGACGCAAAUCGAGCGCGUUAAGCUCAAGUGGAAUGUCGAUACAGAGCAAUGUUGUUGUUUCGGAAUUUAACUCUUUGGAAGAAGGUCUUAGCCAAAGUUAA